CGAUCCCUCACUUUGUCCUGCUUUCUUUGUCCAGGGCUCUUCUGCUUUCUUAGGCGCCCAGGAAUGGCCUUGUGGAGAUUCCUGGGAACCUGCAUUUUGGCUGUGCUAAGGAUGUUCCUGAAACUGUUCCUCUUUGUGUCCUUUGCUCUUGGCAUGUGAUGGGAUUGCUGGCCAAACAAGUUGAUUUGAUGAAGGAUCUCAGGAGGGAGGUUAUCCAUCUGUUUGCACAGAUGGAGCGUAUGAAGCAGGAAGUCCAGGAAAUGAGAGAGGCCCUGCUUGAUGAAGACAAUGUACAGCUGCCUGCCUGGGCUCUGAAAACCUCAGGUGCCACCAUUGAUAGGCAGAGAACCUCCAGCAGCUAUGCAUGGGGAGGGAGUUGGCUCUGCACGACUUUGGGGUUCCUGUGUGCUCCAAAUCCACCAGACAACAUUCUGCAGCCUGACAGAACUCCUGCAGACAGCUGGGCUUUCCGAGGCUCCAAGGGGCAAGUGGUCAUUCGGCUGCCUGCACGCAUUUGUCCCAGCGCUCUAACUCUGCAGCACCUCUUCCAACCUGCUGCUGCAGUUUGUAGUAUCAGCAGCUUCCCAAGAAAUAUCGCUGUCUCUGGCCUGAAUGAGGAAGGAAAAGACACGCCGCUUGGCACCUUCACCUAUGAAAUAGGGAAGAAGGAGAUUCAGAUCUUUUCCCUGAAGAGUGAACGUUGCAAGGCCUUUAAAUACAUAAAGAUUAACAUCCUGAGCAACUGGGGAAACAGCAAGUAUACUUGUCUUUAUCGAGUGCAGGUGCAUGGGAAGAGAGCUGUGCAGGACUAAUCAUUACUCAUAAGAAUUAGUAGUUAUAUGGAAGACAUCAGGAAUACUUUUAGUAAAUAAA